UUUGAGGUCAACCGGAAGUGUGUUAGAAAACAAAAGUGCAGGUGCGAUGCGACAGCUCUUACUUUGAGUAUAAACAGCACGUAAUCAUGAGGACGGAUCAGAAAUUAUUUUGUCUUAAGAGCUCCAGUGUGAUCUUUAUUAUUCUUCUCUGGCUCCUGGGGGCAGUGAUAUUUGGCAUCUUGCUGUGGUUCCGCCUGGACUUCUGGUCCAAUGAGUACCUGGAAGUGGAUGAGGAACUGUACCGCUAUCUUAUCCUGCUCUACAUCUUCAUUGUCGUUGGAGGCCUCAUCGUCGGCUUUGCCAUCCUUGGAAUUGUAGCUGCAGUGAGAGCCAUCAAAUGGGCCAUUGUGGUUUUCAUUGUGGCAAUGGUGCUGGCUAUCAUCCUCACUGUGGCAGGAAUGGCUUACGGAAUUGUCUACCGAGAAGAGUUGGAAGAGACGAUAUCUCGAGGAACGUUGGUGAGACAGUUUAUCCAGCAGCGUUACAAGGGCAUCAAGUUUGACAGGGCCACAUACGUCAUUGAUCUCAUGCAGUCCGAGCUGAAGUGUUGUGGCGGCUCCUCUCCGCUUGACUACAAUGAGUCAACAUGGCAGAAGGAACAAGAACAAGAACGGAAAGGUCGGGCGCCUUUGUCCUGUUGCAAAGAUUAUGAGCGCUACCAGAACAGCGAAGACCGAUACACCCAAACCUGCUCCUUCUUCCAGCAGCCCAGCAAUGUGGAGAAUGUGUAUAAUCCCAAUCUCAAUAGAAAGGGUUGUGGCAAAGCCCUCUCGACUUUCUUCUCCGAUCACAUCUACACUGUAGUUGGGAUUGGCAUAGCAACAUUUGUUAUUGAGGUCGUGACCCUGAUCCUCAUCUCCUGCCUGCUGAAGGUGCUCAACAGCCUGUACAUCCCGCAGCCGGAGGAGAUCGUGUACGACAUGGCCCACAACCAGGAGAAGUCCCCCUACCCCUCCCGCGGCGACUACCGUGACUACUACAGAUAGACCACCCCGCACACCAUCACAUCACACCUGCCAUUGGAUCACAUUGUGUCAAUCAUCUACAACAGGGCAACUCACACACACUGUUUGGUCUGGGAGGAGCAUAAUUGAGGAAAUUUCUCCCAAAAAGUCUUCAUCAUCCUCGCAAUGUCAAAGUUUGUGUGAAGAUGAGGGGAAUGCAUGUAUGUUUUGGAAACAAUUAUGAUAAAGGUGUUAAAUGUUUACCAUACAUGGACAUGCUUCCUCGACAUACCCAGACAUAUUCCUGUCAUUUGAACAUAGAACAUUUAGAACUUAUCCGAAAGAUGAAAGCAAACAAUUUUCUCAUGUCCUGAUCCAUUUAGCUUGAAGAGGUCAUUGAAGGGCUUGUUUAAUUAUUCGAGGACAGCUGAUCUUUGAAUUAUUGUUCAAAGAAAAUAAUGGCACCAAUUUUUUAAGUGAUCCUUUGAAUUUUUGUGUAGCUUUGUCCGCUUUUUGGCUUUGUGGUCAUUCUCGGAUCAUUAGCUUUGCUGAUGUUGAAUAAAGAAAGAAACUGUGAGAAAAACACCCUUUCAGUGCGACAAAUAUCAAUUCAGAUGUCCCCAACUGAAAAGAACAGGCGACAAGAGUAAUAUAUGUGCUAAGUUUGUUCUAUAUGUUUGCUGGUCAUACAUUAAGAAUAUUCAUUGAGGUUGAUCCCGAUGUUACUCAUGCUCAGUUAGGGCUCGUACACUUUCUUCAUUGCAGCCCUGAUAAUGUAUAUAUGUCAUCCAGCAUGCUGCGCUGUAGAUUUUGAUUAGUUUUGAUAACAUAACUGAAGGAAAAAGAUUUGUGUGAUCUUGACAACAAUGAACUGGGACUUGCAGAAUCUCUAUACUAGGUGUACUGUGUGGAUGUUGCUUGUCCUUGGUAAGGGCCACAUGUUCUACGCUUCUGGCCCCACCUUUGAAUCCUGAAGUGUUAACACCAGCCACUUACAAUCACACUGUCUGUAAAGUAAUGGAAUAUUUUCUUUUAGAAAUAUUGAUAAGCUAAUGCUUUGCUGCUUAGUUUAAUCACUGCGAUAGUCAGGUUCAGUUUGAUAUAUGAGAAAAGGAAGGCUGUAUUAAAUCCAAGUACCUUUUCUUGUUAUAGGUAUAAGUAUUACUUGUUUCCUACUCUCUGGAUGUCGAUGUAUGAAAUAUUUCUGUCUCAAUAGUGUGUUCAAAUUAAACCAUUUCUAAACCCAGUAAUUGAGGAGGGUCAUGCUCUUGUACCCUUAACCUUCAGAGACCCUUUCUUAGUGUGAGGUUAUGUUCUAUAUCUUUGAAAGUUCUAGCGGAGUUUGAAAGAUCUAGCAGAGUUUGAAAGUUCUAGCAGAGUUUGAAAGAUCUAGCAGAGUUUGAAAGAUCUAGCAGAGUAAAAACUAGGACUGUUUGCAUUUUCAUAUUUAUUUCCAGAUGUUUUUCAAUUGUGAUAUUUUGGAUUAUUUGAACAUUUGCUUACCCUUGGGGAAUAGAUGACAAUACAGCUAAAUACAAGCAGACAAAUACACCCUAAAGCUUGUUUCUUAAUCAGUAAUGAUAUCAAAUUAUAUUAAAUGAAUGGAAAGUAAUUUUUGAUAAAAGCAAGAUAAUCGGACUGAACAAUUUCUUUGGCAGAUAAUAUACAUUGUGUGUCCAUUAUUGUCCUUAAUUUGACUUUAAAUGUGGUACCUUCGGCUUCCACACUACAAACAAGACUUGUGGAGUUUAGUCCAGCCUUUUUUACCAUAUGUUUGCUCAAAUUAGAAUGUUUCCACUCUGGAAUACUCUUUUCAGACUUUUAAUUGGUUUUAGGAAUAGAAAUUCAAUGUUCUUUUUAAAACGUUAGCAGUAUUUUUAGUUAUGAGGGGCAAAAUGAGACCAGUCACGCAAAAUAUUUUGUGACUAUUUGUUGUUCUGUUUUCUUAGUUUAAUAUUCAGGUAUAGGAUUGUUUUAAGUUCAGUGUUUUAGCUUGUUUUAUAAGUUUUGACAACUGAAAUAAUUUUAUUUCUCAAAACUUUACUUCAACACAUUCAUUAAUAUUUUUAUGUUGUUUUUAGGUUAAAAGGUAAAAUAGUUUUUUUCUGUUUUAUCAUCUCUUAGUUUAUAUAUUAUUUUGAGGUUAUGCAUUGCAAACGUAACAUCCAUAGAUGAGGUGAAAUCUAAUGGUAACUUAGUUGCUAAAGAGGAAGAAAUAGCUCUCAGUACUUCAGUCCUUCAGAGCAGAAAAUUAUGGAAAUCCAAACAUCAUGAUGUACAAAUGUUAAAGUUGUUAAAUUUGUUGACUGGAUCGAUCGAAUUCUGACAGUCUGUCAAGCGAUCGUGUUGAUGGACAAGGGGAGACAACUGCUCUGAUCAUGAAGACAAGAUGCAAGAAUGGAGGUUGCUGUAAGCUUCAGGAACUCACAAGACAUUGUAGACAACGACAUUAAUUGUUUUAAAGUUAAUCAUUCUUAAUUGUUCAAUUCAUCCCCAAAUAGUAGCUCUGUAUUGUUUAGGGGCAGUUGGGUUGACUACCGGUAGACUUGGACAUUCACUUGUAACACCAAAGACCUGGGUUGUAUUCCCAACAUCACUACAUGGAGUGGGGUGAGCCUGUUGUUGCUGCACCUGAUGUGAUUAGGAUGAAAUGAGUCCAAAUUUACCACACGGGUACCCCAACCCCCAUUUCCCGACCCUACCCAGGUACCCGCUGUAAGUUUCAAGAGUUGAGUACAAAAUGUCCGCUUCGGAAUUGUUCUGCAAAAAGUAUUCUUGGAAGGGUUGGCGUGUUAACACAUGAUAAGCUGUUUUCUGGGAAGGGGGGAUGUGUUAACACAUGAUAAGCUGUUUUCUGGGAAGGGGUGACGUGUUAACACAUGAUAAGCUGUUUUCUGGGAAGGGGUGGCGUGUUAACACAUGAUAAGCUGUUUUCUGGGAAGGGGGGAUGUGUUAACACAUGAUAAGCUGUUUUCUUGGAAGGGGUGACGUGUUAACACAUGAUAAGCUGUUUUCUGGGAAGGGGUGGCGUGUUAACACAUGAUAAGCUGUUUUCUGGGAAGGGGGGAUGUGUUAACACAUGAUAAGCUGUUUUCUUGGAAGGGGUGACGUGUUAACACAUGAUAAGCUGUUUUCUGGGAAGGGGUGGCGUGUUAACACAUGAUAAGCUGUUUUCUGGGAUCGGGUGGCGUGUUAACACAUGAUAAGCUGUUUUCUGGGAUGGGGUGGCAUAUUAACACAUGAUAAGCUGUUUUCUGGGAUGGGGUGGCAUAUUAACACAUGAUAAGCUGUUUUCUGGGAAGGGGUGGCGUGUUAACACAUGAUAAGCUGUUUUCUGGGAUGGGGUGGUGUGUUAACACAUGAUAAGCUGUUUUCUGGGAUCGGGUGGCGUGUUAACACAUGAUAAGCUGUUUUCUGGGAUGGGGUGGUGUGUUAACACAUGAUAAGCUGUUUUCUGGGAUGGGGUGGCAUGUUAACACAUGAUAAGCUGUUUUCUGGGAAGUGGUGGCGUGUUAACACAUGAUAAGCUGUUUUCUGGAAAGGGGUGGCGUGUUAACACAUGAUAAGCUGUUUUCUGGGAAGUGGUGGCGUGUUAACACAUGAUAAGCUGUUUUCUGGGAAGGGGUGACGUGUUAACACAUGAUAAGCUGUUUUCGGGGAAGGGGUGGCGUGUUUGGUCUCAUUUGGCAGAUUCAUUCAUUUGAAGCAGGGUUUGUGCAAUGCUUUUCCUUGUGUUAUGUGCUUGCUACAACUUACUACACGGUGCAGAUUGUAUCAUUUCUGUUGUAUAAAAUUUCAUUCUCAAUAUUGAUAAACUAACACUUGCAGUGAUGUUACUCGUUUUCGUUAAAACAAUGAUUUCUAUGAUUUCAAACAGACUUAAGUCUUGACAGAAAAACAUGUUUUUCAUUAGAAACUUAUUUCCAAAAUGACCAGGUGAGGCUUUUAUGUCCUCUGUCCUCAGUCGGCAUAAAAGAUAACUCGCAACUCAUCCUAUGUAUUUAUGAUCCGGGCAAUCUGGACAUUCAUAUUCAAACCAAUUAUUUUUCCAUCAAACCAACAAAUAUUGAUCACCCUGUUGACAAAUGGUGAGCAUUUUUUGGAGGACUUGCACAUUGAUGAGAAACAUUUUAGACUGUUCAUGGUCUUAGAUCUGUAGAUAAGUUCUAUGUUAAAACACAGAAAUAAUAGUUUUAUUACUGUAUAAUGUCCUAUAUAUGUCAUUGAUGGCAGUGUAAGAUUUGUACUUUUGAUACGCUAACCAUGAUAUUGUGUACAUUUUAUAUCUCAAUCAAAUUGUAUUUUCUUUAUUGCUUGCUCAGCUUUCUUUUAUAAACGCUCUAGUUAUGAAAAUGACUGAUCCAUUUGGGAUUGCGUUGUCCAAGGGAGGCAACUCAAAUGCCUUGCUAUGAUUGCUCAUGUAGAGAGCUAGUUAUGUGCUGAACAGUUUUAUUUGUGUAUAUUGAAUAAUUUGAAUCAUUUAGUUAACAUAUGUAGCUUUUUGAGGCAUUAUUUGAAAUACCAAAUUGUUAUUGUGGUGCUUUGAUAUCAUGGCCAAAAGUGUUGAUUAAUUUCAAAGCUCAAUACAGCCCACAUCGAAUCAGCAUUUAAAGUUUGAAUUGGGCUUGCUUCACAUUACGUAAAAUUUCAAGUUUUUCACUGAAACCAUUUCUCAAAGUUGUGUCAUAUUUUAUAUCAAGUUGUUAUUUUUGUAGUAAAGUUUCUUGUCCAGAUAUGGAAUCUUAAUCUGAUAUUUUCCCAUUUUGUACUUUUGUCUUGGGCAAGAUAGCUCACUUGCCACAGAAUGAUUGCCCAUUCUAAGUUAGAGAGAUGACUUUUGACCUUUCUGAUUACACUUUUUCACGAACAAAGACAUUCUCCUGACAUGACCAAGAUCAACCCUGGCCAUAUAGUGAGGAUAGCUCUGGGUUAAGGGUUAAACACAAUUAAGGCCACAUGUUUCUGCUGAAUCCAAAAGAGCGAAAUGUGAAAAAAUAAUAAAUAAAAAGCAUUUGGUUUUAUAUUCCGCUGACCAGAAUUAAGUAAAAUGUAAAUACAACUACUCAUUUACUGUUGCUAUCAAUAUUAACACAUUUAAAAUACGAUCAUUAAAACUGUUGAAAAUUUAUAUUCAUUUUAACACUUCAAAACAAAUUACGAUUCACGAGAGAAAUAAAUAAUUGAAAUUGGAAUUUAGAAGAAAUAUAUUUUGACCUGCAAACCUUAAUUUUGGGGCCAAAAAUCCACAAACAUAAUUCCUUCGGUCAAUGUCCUGAGUACUUGGAAUGGUUUUGAUAUAAUGUACAAAUUCAAUGUUGCUUGUCAAUCUCUACUGUUAUUUUGACCCGACUGUACCAUUGGCUGUCCACAGCAAUAUGAGGAAUGGUGGGUGGAUAUUGUGCACCAGUCAGAAACACUAUACAGUUAUCUCCCUUUACCAGCUGGGUGGCUUCUAUCUACUGAGUUAUCUCCCUUCUAUCAGCCUUCUUAUCUCCCUUAGUUACCUCUCUUUUCACCAGCCUCCUGAUACCUGUAACUUCUCUAAUUGUGUUUUCUCCUCUUCUCAUCAAUUACUGCUCUUUUAAUGAGUGAUCUCACUUUUAACGUGUUACUUCUCUUUCAAAUAAUAAUAUUUAUGCCAUAAUUAUGAACCCUAUCUUUAGACUGCAGACAUAACUUGCUUCAGUUAACAGCAAUACCAACCACCCAGCCCUCACUGACCCGACCCGACCCAUUAUCCACCCUCAGCUGUUGAUAAUGGUGCAUUGUUAGAAACUGAUAGUUUGUAUAUUGUCUUAAAGCUUUUGAGUGAUAUUAAUUUGCUUAUGUUAACAUUAUUUGUCACAAGUAUCUAUGUUUCAGUUUUCAAAGUAGGUUUAAAUUCUUUUAAGACAACCUUGAUAACAUGGAAUUCAUGGCGUCAUUCCCGAAAGCAAUCAUGGCAUUCAUAUUGCUACAACAUCUUGUUGAAAUUGGGCUCUGAUUUGUUAACUUAACACCUUUCAUUAGGAAAACAAGCCCUAGGAUCUAUUUGAAAUAUAGCAUAAGUGAGUGAGUGAGUAUGGUUUUACGCUUUUAGCAAUAUUCCAGCAAUAUCACGGCAGGGGACACCAGAAAUGGGCUUCACACUAUGUACCCAUGUUGGGAAUCAAACCCGGGACUUCGGCGUGACAAGCGAACGCUUUAACCACUGGGCUACCCAACCGCCCUGAAAUAUAGCAUAAAAAAGUGGUAUCAGUAUUAUUGCUUGCAAAACAACAUGCGACAACUAUGUGCUACAUUUGACUUAAAUACUGCUGUUUCUACUGAGUUGAAGUUGUUUUGUAUUGUGGGAUGUAGACAUACAUUUGGGUGAGUUAUGACAUUUCUGGAUAUACAACGUGCAAAACAUGGCAGAAUUAGAAUUCACUGAUAAUCACUGUUAUAUUUAGGAUCUUGUGAAUGUUAGAAAUUGACUUUGCUCUUCAUAUGUAGCGGGGCGGUCAGGUAGCCUAGUGGUUAAAGCGUUCGGUCACGAAGACCCGGGUUCGAUUCCUGACAUGGGUACAAUGUGUGAAGCCCAUUUCUGGUGUCCUCCGCCGUGAUAUUGCUGGAAUAUUGCUAAAAGUUGUGUAAAACAAUACUCACUCACUCAUCACAUGUAGCACUUACAUUUCUUUGAUGUGUGUAACUUUGUGUCUGUAUGACAUGUUUUAGAUGCAUAGAUCCCAGGG